AGAGGGGGGAAAUGACAUCACUCACUCGCGCCAAGCUGAAACUUGUGCCUGAUCUCAUUGCCUAUAGGUGGUGCCCGUUUUAAGAGCUUGGUGUGAUAAGUUGCGCCUUUGCUGCUGGACAUGAUUUUUCCUUAGCUCGUGCUACGUGUCCGCCCUCUCGUGCGUGUGCGCAUCCGUCCUGUCCCGAUUUCCACUCCUCCUCCUGCAGGACAGGCUUGGGAAUCUGGCGUGGCAAGAUGGGGGAAAUACGGCUGCCAAUUCAAGCGUUCCUUUGGUGCAUGUCUGCCAUCUAUAUGUUUGCCUUUGCUUCCCUAUACAUACAGAUUCCAGGUCUCUAUGGCAACGACGGUUUGAUGCCAGCGCGAUGGACGCUGCGCUACACAGGCAAAGGAAUCUGGGAGCAACUGAGAGAUUCUCCCACCCUCUUGUGGCUGGGUCCCAAACUUGGGCUGGAUACCCAACAGGGCAUGGAGCUUAUAGCCCUGAUGGGGAUCGCACUCAGCCUCCUGUCAACUCUGACGCACAGGCUACGGGACUGUCGGCUCUACCUUUGCCUCUGGAUACUGUACCUGUCACUUUAUCAGGUGGGCCAGGUGUUUCUCUACUUCCAGUGGGAUAAUCUGCUGCUGGAGACGGGGUUUCUGUGUGUGUUGGUGGCCCCUAUGUACUUGCCCUGGGGCCGUUUGCGGGGUUGUUUCAAUGACAACAUGACGCUGUGGCUGGUGCGCUGGUUGCUCUUCCGGCUCAUGUUUGCCUCCGGGGUGGUCAAGCUCACCAGCCGCUGCCCCACCUGGUGGGGUCUUACAGCGAUGACCUACCACUAUGAGACUCAGUGCAUCCCCACCCCUCUGGCCUGGUUCGCUCACCAGCUCCCCGUGUGGUGGCAGAAGUUCAGUGUGGUGGCCACCUUCCUCAUCGAGAUCCCUGUGCCCUUCCUCUUCUUUAGCCCCAUACGACGCCACCGCCUCGCCGCCUUCUACAUGCAGGUGUUGUUGCAGGUGCUGAUUAUCCUCUCAGGGAAUUAUAACUUCUUUAACCUGCUGACGCUCGCACUCUGUUUCUCCCUGCUGGAUGAUGAACACAUCAACUUCCUGCUGCGCAGGACCUCUGCAGACACCCGCAAACCACAGAGCACUCUGGAGAAAGCGUGGUCAUGGGGAUGUGUGUGUGUGGAGCUGUCUGUGUAUAUCCUACUGGCCUACUGGGCCAGCCUUCACUUCAGCCUGCAGAUGGACUGGGAGAAGAAGGAGGUCUUGUCAAAGACUGCCUUCACAUAUCACCAGUUCAUGGCACUUCUGAAGGAUGUGUUGAUUCCCAGCAUCUGGAUUGGAGUUCUAUCCCUAACCUGGGAGAUUAUCAGGGCAAUGAUCAAGUGUGUGUGUAUGAAGGGUGUGUUGUUGCGCUUCUGGAGCACUCUCCAGUGGGGUGUGAUGGCUGCUGCAGCUGCAAGCAUGUUCGCCAUCAGCUUGGUGCCCUUCACAUUCCUAGACUACGAUGCUAACAAUGCUCUUUGGCCGGGCGUAAAGCGGGCGUUUGAGGUGACGGACCGCUACCAGCUGACAAACUCAUACGGCCUCUUCCGCAGGAUGACCGGCGUUGGAGGUCGUCCAGAGGUCAUAAUCGAGGGCAGCUGGGACCGGAAGACCUGGACGGAGAUAGAGUUCAUGUAUAAGCCGGGGAACAUGAGUGCACCUCCACCCUUUCUGACUCCCCACCAACCCAGGCUGGACUGGCAGAUGUGGUUCGCUGCCCUAGGGCCUAACCACCAGAGCCCCUGGUUUAGCAGCCUGCUCUACCGACUACUGCAGGGGAAAAAGGAUGUGAUCCGGCUGAUUCAGGCCGACGAAUCAAACUACCCGUUCAAGGAUCAGCCCCCUACCUUCCUCAGAGCUCAUCGCUACAAGUACUGGUUUACCGGACCCAAGGAGGACGGGACGUACCCCAUUCGGUGGUGGCGGAGGGUGUAUGUGGAGGAGUUCUAUCCCACAGUGCAGUUGGGUGACUCUUUCCUAGAGAACAUGCUGAGUCAGGGUGGACUAAAGGAAAAGGCUCCAGCAAGGCGCACCUCUAAGGCUGCAUUGGCCCAGGUCCUCGCGAGUGUGCGUGAGACUGUGUGUGUGCUGCCCGCCCCUGUGGUCAUCUGGUCCCUCUUCAUCGCUGUGGCCGGAGCGUGUGUGCUGAAACAGCUUCUGUCACACACACACACCCCCACUCACAGGCAUGACGAGGCCAGCGAGAGGGAAAGACACAACGCUAGACAGCAGAACAGCCAGACACCACCUGGACACACACAAGAGAAACAGACGGAGGAGGAGGAGGACAGGAGAGGAGGUGGGGACGUUGAAGAAUACACGAUGAAGAAGGAUGAAGAGGAGGAGAAGGACGAAAGAGAAAAGGGCAUGGAGGAGAGGAGUGAUGAGGAGGAGGAAGGAGAAGAGAAGGCGAAUGGAGAGAAGAGAGCAGAAGAGAGAGAAGAGGCACUAAUCACAAUACCACUAUGA